AUGGCUCAGGGGAAACUUAAAGUGAAAACUAAAUUACCGAAUGGAGUGAAAUCCGGUAAAAGUGAAAGGUCUUUACAUAAACAGUCGGCAAAACCAAUGCGCAAAGGCGCCCGUGUUAUCAAACCGAAAAAAGAAAGGCUGAAAGAAGCUCAUGAAAUGAAGAAGCAUAUGGAAAAAAUGUUAAGAAAGUCAUUUGAAAAACAAGCUAUUGAGAAAGUUUCAUCUUGUGAGCCUCGUUCUCUAAAAAUUGUAAAGGAAUAA